AAGGGAAGCAUCUCCAGUUGCAACUGCGUAGAGACUGUCUAGUACGCUGCGUAUAGACUAGGAAAUCCACCUCGUAGAAUCUAUAUCAAUAUUCAAGAUGAAACUGUUGGUUGUGAUCUGUCUUCUCUCUGCAUACGUCUCUGCCUCACCCAUGGAUAUCGGAGCAGGUGGAGUCUAUGAUUCUCCAUUUGCUACUGAUAACUAUGUGAGACAGUUCGGGUUUAUGUUCGGAGGAGGCAGAAGUGGGUUUCUAGGACUUAAAGCACUCCAGGAGAGUCAAAAUCGAUUCCAUACCUACUAUUAUCCUUCACUUCCAAGAUCAUUUAAUGAAGUCAGGACAGAGAAGAAGGAGGUUGAGUUGAGUCCCUUGAGGGUGAACAGUGCUGUCGCCGAAGAACCACAGAUGUUUCACAGAUUCAUGGCGGUUCCCUGAACAAGAAAAUCCACCAUUUCAAAUUCAAAAUUUUCCCGCCAAAAUGUGAUCACCAGUGAUAGUUUGGUUUGGACACUUGACUAGAUGUGCCAAAUAAUGUAAAUAUUGUAAAUCUGCACUUGAAUCUGAAGCCGACAUUUUAAAUCUUGAUAAUGAUACAUUCUAGUUAAUAAAGCUUUACAUAUUU